UAAGUUCACUUUCACACAACAACCUUUGUAGGUUGAAACAUAACACAAAACACAACUCUUUUUAAUAUUACAUACAACCAUUAACCUUUCCAACAUUACAACCUACAAAGUGUUUUGCCUUCUAAAAUAAUUAAGGAAUCGUGAAAUUAUAAAGUACCAGUUUAAUCCACUAUCGGAUUUUAGGUGAAAUAAUGGCAGAGGAAGAGGACGAAGUUCAACUGUCUGCUGAAACAAUGAAAGCACUUCAAGAAUUUUUACAGGAACAAAGUGAUAGAGAAAUUAAAAUUAAAGAGAUAACAGAACAACGGGAUAAAAAUAAUGUAUCUUCAUUGACAUUUGGUGAAGACUGGCAACUGAGUCAGUUUUGGUACAGUGAUGAAACGGCUAUUUCUUUAGCCAAAGUUGCUAUAUCAGUAGCCACAAGUUCAGGAAGAAUCGCUCUCAUAUCCUGCCCAACUCUUUACAGGCACAUCAAGUCUUUAGCGCCAGAAAUAAAAGUAUCCCUAUUUGAGUUUGACCAGCGUUUUUCCGUUUUCGGAGAAGACUUCUUCCUGUAUGAUUACCGUUCCCCGCUGGACAUUCCGAGAGACUUUGCGUCUCAGUUUGACAUUGUUGUUAUGGAUCCACCUUUCCUGUCAGAGGAGUGUCUUACAAAAACUGCAGUUACUGCAAAGUUCCUCGCAAAAGAUAAAAUUAUUUUAUGUACCGGCAGUGUCAUGGAAGAUUUAGCCAGAAGACUGUUGGACAUGAAGAAGUGCCUGUUCGAACCUAAGCAUCAGAACAAUUUAGCAAAUGAAUUUUGUUGUUAUUCAAAUUUCAACUUUGACGAUGUACUAUCCACUGUUAAUAAAAACUCGUAACACUUUUUA